CGAAUACGUCGGGAAGGGAGCAGCCCAGUUGUCCGUGUGCGGUGUACAUCGUAAGAACUCUCCACCGACCAUCGGUGUUUUCUAGAGUCUACUUUUCCGUACCAAGAGAUUCUCGAUUUUGUGUGAGCACGUAGCAGUAACGCAAUAAUUACUUAGAUACCUAAACAAGUGACUCGCAAUGUGGACUGCCGUAUUAGCAUUCAUCGGUUUGCUGUGUGCAUCAAUACCGUCGACGCAUUCUCAAGGUACAUGCCAAAAUCCGCAGGGACAGCCCGGCACGUGCAUCAAUAUCAGAUCGUGCACGGUGCUACUCAAUCUCCUGCAGUCGAGUCCGCAAAAUCCGCAAGUAGGCAAUUUCCUCCGUGCUUCUAUUUGCGGCUACGAAGGUAACGAUCCUUUCGUUUGCUGUCCGUCCAACGGCGGAAAUGUGGACGACGAUGAUCGAGGCCGUAAAGAAAUCACGAACACCUCAUACGGUCCUUUGUAUCCGCCUAAUUGUGGAUUCAGUAAUAUAACGCUACGCAGAAUCGUCGGUGGCGAGCCAGCCUCGUUAGGUGCUUGGCCUUGGAUCACCGCUCUCGGGUACACAAACUCGAGAGAUCCAAAUGUUCCGAGAUGGCUUUGCGGCGGCGCUUUGAUUUCUAGCCGACACGUGCUUACCGCCGCACACUGCAUUCACGGACGAUCGGACUUGUACAAAGUUCGCGUCGGCGAUUUGGACCUCAACAAUGACUACGAUGGAGCGUCACCCUUUGAGGACUUUAUCGAAACAAAGACAGUGCACCCCGAAUACAAUCCCAGGACCUACACAAACGAUGUGGCGAUUCUAAAGACGACCCAGGAAGUACCCUUUACAUCAAGACUUCAUCCCAUUUGUCUUCCGGUGGACGAUUUUAACAGGUACAAAAAUUUAGAGGGAACGUAUCCUUUCGUCGUUGGAUGGGGAUCGGUUUAUUUCCACGGACCGACGAGCAGUCAACUUUUGCAAACACAAAUUCCUGUACGUACGCAAGAAGAAUGUAAAACUGCCUUCCGGAAUUUUGCGACAACAGUGAUUGACGAUCGCGUUUUGUGCGCCGGAUUUGCUCGAGGUGGAAAAGACGCCUGUCAGGGUGACAGUGGUGGACCAUUGAUGUCUCCUGAUCGCCGAAAUCAAAGAACGUAUUACAUUAUUGGAGUUGUGUCAUAUGGUUUCAAGUGCGCUGAACCAGGUUACCCAGGCGUAUAUUCGAAGGUUUCGUCUUUCCUAGAUUUCAUCACGAGUCAAUUGGUGUAGAUUUCUCAUGAAGAAAUCGAAGCUUUUUGCUAAUCUUUUAAAUAAAUUCUGAAAACUGUAUGCCUCCAUUAUAGUAUGGACAAUCUCCUUUUGUGCUGUUAAAGUGACCAGAUUUUUGAGUUUGAAAAUCGGGACAUACUCCGAAUGACUUGUAAAAAGAACUUUGGACCAAGGAUGAAAAAAAAAUAUAGAGCUAAAUUUCAUUUCUGAAUCGAUUGUUUUAUAAACUGAAUGUUGGUGAAAUUUUACUAAUAUUUUCUCAUAAAGAUUGCACCGUCUAUUCUUGAAAUGUUCAUCGAAUACUCGUCCGAGAGUUCAUUAUUUAAUUUAUCUACCACCGCCUCGCUGAAGAUGACUCAAAGUAGAGUUAAAAUUAUAAUUUACCAGUUAUAAUUUUAUCGAAUUGUUAAUUAAGUUUUAUGUUAACUCGCAUACAGCUAAUCGCAUUUGACUCUCUACUUCUGUAUUAUUAGUUAAGUUUCCCGUACAUGUAGGAGUAAACAUAAAUCACAACAUAAAUCCACUGAUCAAUC